AUGGCUUCAGAAAAUCUCACAGAGGUCUACCAGACCAUUGAAAAAACUCUCCACGAGUUCAUCCAAGGCUAUGAGAAUGCCGCAAAGCACAACGACGCAUCCCACGUCUCCGCGAAAUUAGCCCCCGACUGCAAACGCAGAAUCCUACCUUCAUCCUUUUUCAGAAAUCUCGGCGUCCCGACCGACUUUGUCUUGGACAACAAGUCAUACGAGGCCAAGUUUGGCGAAGAUUUAUCUGUUCAAGGCGUGACUAAGACGGAGGUCUCGCACAUCACCAUCGACGCUUGGUCGAAGAAGGCCGCUGCGACAUCUGCCCACACCGUCACGUACAUUGACGGGGAGACGUACCUGAUGGAGAUUGCUUGGUACCUGACUUUCAGUGAAGAUGGGACUCAGGUUAAGGAGAUAAUUGAGUUUAUCGACAGCGGAGACUUGCCCAAGUUUCAUGCGAAAUGCGCCAGUCUCAAAGAGCAGAGGAAAGAGGCUUGA